ACUUCCCUUUUAUAGUGAGCUUUGUUAUGUUAACGGAUAAACACACGGUUUGGGCUGAUUGCAACAACUGUGGAACUGUUUGCAAACAGAUGUCUGGUCGCGGCAGAUAGCUUCAGGUACUGGACCUCUGGAGUCUGAAUUAUUGUUGACAGAAAUGUCAGAAACAUCCAGUGACACAGAGUCCUCCUGUGGUUGGACCAUUCUCAAUAAUGAGGGUUCAGAUAUUGAGACGUUGGGGUCCGAGGCUGUGGUUGAAGAUGGAACUGAGAUGUUCGAGCACUCCACAGUGGAAGAAACAAACCUGCAAGAAUCACAAACGUCAACAUCUGCAGCUUUGUGUGUUGAAGAAAAAGCUGCUGGAUCACUUGAUGACACCGUGAUAGAACAGACUGAAGGUGACAGCCUGCAGGAACAUGUUGGAAAACAGCACGGGUUUUCUUCAAGCGACCACUCUGACAUCGUGACACUGGGAGAACUGAAGGAGGGCGAGCACACUGAGGAGGAGGAGGCCGCCCGGGAGGAGCUUUACCUCGGCACGUCCUGCAGCAGCCAUUACACCUUCACCGCCACAGAGACGGUUUUUCCAGUGCAGCGGCCCGCAGAGACAAACUCAAGCAGCAGUGAAGACGAGAUAGGAAGAAGCUCCACUCCCAUCGUCCGAAGACGAAGAAUUAGGAGGAACACGGCGAGCGUUGUUACAGAUCCGGAGGAGGAGGUGUUGCCAGAGUCGCGCUCGAGCGAAGCRGAGGAGAAAGAAGAAGAGGAGCAUCGGGAGGAGCAGACUGAGAGACCAACUGCUGAACCUCCUGAUGAUGGAGAAGGUCGAGGUGGCGGCAUCCUCAACAAAUGCAUCCUGCUUGCCCUCAUCAUAGCCAUCAGCAUGGGCUUCGGUCACUUCUACGGUACAGUCCAAGUUCAGGAAAGGCAGAAAACGGAGGAGAAAUUCAAAGUGAAUGAAGUCGCAGGUGUGAGGGAUCUGAUUCAGCUGCACCUCAGAGAACAACGUUCAGCAAACCAGUUAACUCAAAGGAUCAACUUUGGUCGAGACGAUCUGGAGGAGCAAGACGUUAUUCUGCUGCUUGCAGAAGUGAUUGAGAAGAUAAAGAAAGAAAACCAGGAGCUCAGCGCAAAACAAGAUCACAUUCAGGCCCAAAGAGACCACCUAAAGAUGUUGCUGAGACAGACGGCUGAGGAGAGGACCAGCAUCAUGUCCCAGCAGCAGAGCUUAAAGGAUGAAAACCUGCAGCUGAAAGCCUCCCUGGAACAAGAGGAAAAGGCCUUAUCCAUCUUACAGGAGGAGCUGAGGAACCUGCGCUCAAAGAUCGGGGAUCUGGAGGCGGUGGGAGCCGGAGCAGACUCGCUGCUGUCUGAAAAUCAGAGGCUGAGGGAGCAGCUGGAGAACGAGCAGCAGCUGAUCCGAGAUGUCCACGUUCAGAGGGACGACAUGACGGCUGAAGCGCGGAUGCUGAAAAGAAAGCUGGACAAAGAAAGGAAGGAAACGGACGACCUGAGGAGAGAGCUGAAUCAGCUGAGAAGUCGUGUCGCCGAAGAAGGCGGMGGCUCAGAGGAUCUGCAGGCGCAUCUGAUGGAGCUGCAGAAGAGGCUGAGCUUCGAGCAGCAGCGCUCCGACCUGUGGGAGAGGCUGUAUGUGGAAACCAAACAGGAAAACGMCAAAGGAGACCAAGAGUCCAAAGUGAAAAGAGCAAAAAGCAUGACGGGGAAAGUGAAAGAGACGUUUGAUGCUGUGAGGAACUCCACCAAAGACUUCGUCCACCACCACAAGGAGCAGAUUAAGAAAGCCAAAGAUGCGGUGAAAGAGAACCUCAGGAAGUUUUCAGACUCUGUCAAAUCAACCUUCCGACACUUCAAAGAUUCGGCCUCGACCUUCAUCCACAAAGCUCAGAGUUUUUACAGCAAGGGCCGCGACGAGAAGAACAGCGAGGAGUCGUGGCGCCACGGAGCCCACAGGCCUCAGCACCGACAAAAAUCUGACUUCUUCCAGAGCGACUGCAAUACGCGCAAAUCAGGCGGGAAGGUUCACCAGGAUCACCACAGAGCCAGCGUGAAGGGAUGCACCGGGGUUUUCGACUGCGCCUUCCAGGAGUUCAUGAGCCUCUUCAACACGGCCACGGAGCCCAUCAGAGCAGACGAGUUCCACCGGCUGCUGCAGAGCUACCUGCAGCAGGAGGUGGAGGACUUCUCCCACUGGAAGGAGCUGGAGGCGUUCGUCGACAACUUCUUCCACAACGGAGUGUUCAUCCACGACCGCAUGCUGUUCACAGACUUCCUGAGCGGAGUGGAGGACUAUCUGUCCAGCAUGCACGAAUACCAAGGCCUCGACAACGUGUUCACAGACCUGGACGACUACGUCUACAGACACCUGUUUGGAAAAACCUACACCAAACGCCACGGCCCGAGCGGUCCGUCCCAAAGACCCGACACCGAGUCAACCGAGUCGUCGAGAGCGAAGCAUCAGAGGAAGCAGCAGCGAGGCAGGUCUCGACCUCACGGCGAACGCAAGUGGAGCCGGUCAGGAAGAAACGCAGAAAGACACAUGGCUGACGUCAAGAUAGAGCUGGGCCCAAUGCCCUUUGACCCCAAAUACUAAAAAAAUUUGAGUUGAAUCUUUUAAUUUUUAGUUGCCAAUUUUUGUAUGUUUUUCUGUAAGUUUGCACAGUCGGUUCGAUGCUGCUGAAUGUCCUUGUGCUGUUCUGUUUGAACUGAUUUUAGACAUCCUGUGAAGGUUCUUUAUGAAAAUAAGAGUUUGAAUUUUUUGAGAAGCUCCUGCUUGAAACAUACCCACCUUUGCUUUAGUCACUUUUUUUUAGUCGGAAAAACAAAUCUCAGACAUCAAAAUGAAAAAUUUAAACUGAAACUUGAA